ACAGAAGAGAAAGGGGAAGAGAAUGCGCGAUGAUGACAUAAUUUAACAAAUGUCCUAAUACCUUACCUAAUCGAACUAUACUGCCAUGUCGGAGCAUCGCAUAUUUCAACACCGAUAUCUGAUGCUCCACUCCGCUUAUCUACGGUGAUAAGAUAGAAAUGUGACUCCGAUAUCGAUAAUCCACUCGGGGACCUUGGCACACUUUGGACCUGCAUGUCUCGUCUCGGGUCUAACCUUUUGCUUCCUUUUUAUCACGAUACCAACAAACAUAAUCCAUCCCAUCCUAUCCGUCAAUCAACAUGGAUGGCCAAUGAUGGCUGAAAAUGGCGCAAUACCAGCCCUGCCACUUAGGUUACUUAGGUCUUCGGUGAAGCCGUCUUUGUUAACCCAUUUCCCAAUCCCAAAUUCACCUUAGACAGGCAACCCUGCAUGUUAGAAUCGUAUACCUAAUACAUUAAUUUGCGGCGCCUCCAUAUUAUUUACACAAUCUAGCUACACAAACACGAAAGCGAGCGGGGUGGCCGCAUAGGGGGCUUGUUUUGCCUUUCCUUCCUUUCUUUUUUUUCUUUAGCAAGCACGGGCGAAAUACCCCCGUGCGUCCCUUCUUUUCCCUCGCCAUGAGCACCGAGCCACUUCUCGCUGCUUCUGCAAAUGGGCAUCGUAGUAAUCACCACCAAAAUCAAGACCAGUUAUUAGGUAACGACAACAUGGGAUAUGACCGCGAAAUAGAAAAUGGCGGCUUUGACCGAUACUCAUACGAUCCGUAUGUCAUAGACGAUCACUCGAGCGACCUCGUCACGGCCGCGGAGUCGCGCUCGCUCUCGCGCGGUCUGGCGCAGAGACACCUUUCCAUGAUCGGCAUAGCGGGCACCAUCGGCACGGGCUUGUUCUUAGGUCUCGGAGGUGCGAUUCAAACCGGUGGUCCGCUCGGCGCGUUGCUUGGUUACGGUAUCGUCGGGUUGAUCGUGUGCGCUGUCACGUUUGCGCUCGGGGAGGUGUCGGCGUUGUUACCAGUCACCGGAUCCUUCGUUCGGCAUGCGGAAUUCCUAGUCGACCCGGCGCUGGGAUUCGCGGUGGGUUGGAAUUUGGUGUACGGUAUUGCGCUGUCGAUUCCUAGCGAGAUCACGGCGAUUUGCGUGCUUUUUACCUUUUGGACCGAUAGCGUGAGUCCGGUCGCGUAUAUCAUGGCGUUUAUCUUCUUGACGUUCAUUGUGGGGAUUGCGUUCGUACGUGUUUUUGGUGAGGUGGAAUUCGCGUUUGCGAUUCUUAAGAUUCUGCUGGUGGUGUUCUUGAUUAUUUUGGGGAUUGUGAUUGCUGCGGGUGGCAUACCGGGGACGCCGGCGAUCGGGUUUAGGUAUUGGCAUAAUCCGGGUCCGUUUGUUGAGUAUAUCGCUACGGGAAAUUGGGGUAAAUUUCUUGGUUUCUGGGGGGUUCUUACGAGUGCUGUUUUCUCGUUUGCUGGUGUCGAAUCCCUCGCGAUGGCGGCAGCCGAAACGCAAAACCCUUACCGUGCGAUCCCGAGAGCUUGUAAACGGAUCUUCAUUCGUGUGGUGCUUUUUUAUAUGCUAGCUAUCUUAGUGGUGGGCCUGUUGGUACCAAGUGACGAUGAGAGUCUCGGCGAUGACUCUGGCACAGCCGCCCAAAGCCCGUUCGUCAUUGCAGCCAAGGCCGCUGGUAUCGACGCUAUCCCAAGUGUUGUGAACGCUGUGGUUAUCACGUCCGCGUGGUCAGCAUCGAACCAAGCUCUGCUGUCCGGCACGCGUGUGCUCUUCGGUCUAGCCUUGAAGGGACAGGCGCCGCGGAUCUUCCUCCGUACGACAUCAUGGGGUACUCCAUACGUCUGUGUGCUACUUUUCACGGCCUUCAGUUUUCUCAGCUUCAUGAGCUUAAGUUCCGGGGCGUUGACUGUGUUCUGGUGGUUUGUUGACUUGACAGCUGCCGGUGUGUUAGUUUCAUGGUCGGUCAUUUUGACGAAUCAUAUUCGAUUCAAGAUGGCUUUGAAAAAACAGGGGAUACCGGAGAGUAGGCUGCCGUGGAGUAAUUGGUGGACUAUCUACACUUCUGGCUUCUCGCUUUUCAUGUGCCUUCUCAUUUUAUUAACGGGUGGUUUCAAGGUCUUUACGAAAGGGAAUUGGAGCGCUAGCGAUUUUGUUUCUUCGUAUUUGGAUAUACCCCUUGUUCUUGCGGCGUAUUUUAUAUGGAAAUUGGUUAAGAGGACUCAGAUCCCAUCACUUAAGAGUAUACCCCUUGACGAGGCUUUUAUGCAAAUGGCAGAAUACCCUGACGAGCCUGAGGAGAAGUCAAAGGGUUGGAUUCGCAUACUUAGCUGGAUGUGGGAUUAAUAGUUUAGAUGGAUAAAUAGACUAAAGGGAUAGAAAUGGCAUUAUCAUGGCAUAAUAGAAGUGAAACUCCAAUGAGUUAUUAUAUUCACAAUUCCUUGGCUCCGGCAUAAGAGGCAGAUAUCCUCCUUGUAUAUGUGGUGUCGAGGAAAGGGG